AUGGGGAGCGCCCAAAGCCAGGGAGGGAAAGGGAGGGAGAGGAGAGGGGAGGGAGCAGGUCCAAGCCCAGCCAGCACUCAGCAGUGCCAAGAGCCAGCUUUCUUAAAGCCAUGGGCCCGGGGGCCGGCUCUGGAGGCAGAGGGGAGCCGGAGACCAGGGGCUGGGAAGCACCAAGGAGAGCCUUCAGGCUCUGGGGUCACCAUGGACAUCAUUUACUGGCGCACACCCCUGGCUUUCUUUCUGCUCCCUCUGGUUGUGCUGGCGGCACCCACUGAUGAGCCCAACCUCACAGAAUCAACCCCUGGUGCUUGCAAACGCUGUUGUGACCCACUGGACCCUUCCGCAGGUGCCCCACCGCUCCCUCCCAGCCACCACCACUUACCCUACCCCAUGCCAGAGGUCCGUCCCUACAUCAACAUCACCAUACUGAAGGGAGAGAAAGGAGACCGGGGAGAGCCUGGCAUGCCAGGAAAAUGGGGCAAAGAAGGCCCACGAGGCGAGCGAGGUGCCCAGGGCCAGAAAGGCAGUAAAGGGCAGAUGGGCACAGCGGGAGACCCCUGCAAGCACCAGUACGCCGCGUUCUCCGUCGGCCGCAAGAAAGCGCUGCACAGCAGCGAGGGCUUCCAGGUCUUGAUCUUCGACACCGUCUUCGUCAACCUCUACAGCCACUUCGACAUGUUCAAUGGCAAGUUCUACUGCUACGUAGCUGGACUCUACUAUUUCAGCCUCAACGUCCACACCUGGAACUUCAAGGAGACCUACAUGCACAUCAUGCACAACGAAGAAGAGGCGGUCAUCUUGUAUGCCCAGCCCAGCGACCGCAGCAUCAUGCAGAGCCAGAGCCUCAUGCUGGAGCUCCAGGAGAAUGAUGAGAUCUGGGUGAGGCUCUACAAGAGGGAGCGGGAGAACGCCAUUUACAGUGAUGAUGUUGAUGUGUACAUUACCUUCAACGGGUACCUGGUCAAGCCCAGCCUUGACUAACUGCCUCUUCUCCUCCUCCUCCUCGGGGCCUCUUUGGCCUUUUCCUUCUUUCUCUCUCUCUUUACUGCCCGCAACCACUGCAAAUCACUUGGAAAUGGGCCCAUCAAGUCUCAGGCACUGAGUGUGAAACUUGCCACACUGGCUCCCACCUCACUCUCUCUUGUAGCCAGGCCUGUACUUGUCCACUUACACCGUGACACUGCCAUCUCUGCCCCCCUCACCUCAUGACCCCAACUUAUGUUAUUGGCUUCUUCUAAAAUCCCCCAGCAAGCUGUUUCUGGCAUUCAGGGUCCUAAGAGCAGGAGGAAAGCUAAAAUGUUGCUUCUGGGCAUGAGUCCCUGUAGAAAGGGAUAGAAAGUCCCCACUGCUCAGGUCCAUCCUGGCUCCUCUCUGUUUUACCAGUUUGACCAGUUUUAAUGUCACCU